GUUAAAAGAAAAGACUGCAGGGGUCCAGAGUCAAGGCUACGAGAAGAGACGAGCAUAACAUCAGAUGAGGCCUUUAAGAAUAAAUUCCUUGCCAGCCAUAACGAGUACAGGAAAAAACAUGGAGCUCCGGCUUUGACCCUGAAUCAGGAGCUGUGUGUCUCAGCUGUGUGUCUAAAGCCUUGCAGCACAGUAACACUAACAAUGGAGAAAACCUUUUCUACGCCCGGAGCUCCACUCCGAAGAAAUGCACAGAGUGAACGGGAGGGGGACGCAAAGGGAAAUGAACCUGUGGAUAAGUGGUACAUUGAGAUUAAAGGCUAUGACUUCAGUAAACCUGGAUUUCAGCCCAAAGCAGGACACUUCACCCAGAUUUUAUGGAAAUCAAGUCAAGAAGUCAGGGUUGGCAUAGCCACUGAUGGAAACACUGUCUUUGUGGUUGGUCAGUACAAGCCGCCUAGCAAUAUAACUAAUGCAGGAUACUACGAAGACAAUGUAUUGCCUGCAGACAAAUAAAGAGCCUGAUCAGCCAUAACUACACCUACCAAGUUAUGGAUUUACAAUAUACUACAAUUUACAGAAAAAAUUUGAAUUUAUCCUACUGCAGUAUGAUUAAUUAUAAUAAUAAUUCAACAGCUGUAUCUGGUAACUCCCAAUGUUACAAUUGCUUAUGCCAUUACUAUUCAAACUAUUACAUGU